CGGCGUUGCUCCCCGCGCAUGCGCGGCCAUUGUGCGGCUUCCGGCGCGCCCGAGGCGACGGCGGGGUUGCGAUGGAGCGGUUCGGGUCCGGAGCCGUGAGUGCCGUGCCGGUGGCCGAGUUCAGGCCAAAUGAGGGUACAUUAACAUCGACUUUAAGAACGCUUCUGUUCUUCACAGCUCUAAUGAUUACAUUACCUGUUGGACUGUAUUUUUCAUCAAAGGCUUAUGUAUUUGAAGGUUCCUUGGGAAUGUCUGACAGAGACAGCUAUUUUUAUGCUGCUAUAGUUGCUGUGGUCACUGUCCACGUAGUACUUGCUCUCUUUGUUUAUGUAGCCUGGAAUGAGGGUUCACGGCAGUGGCGCGAAGGGAAACAGGACUAAAAUGAAGAUCAUCGGUGCCUGAUGUCCACAGACUGUAAAUCAGAUUUUAUGUGAGCUGAAGGAAAAGCAUUCUUCUAAAUGUAUGAUACACAUGCACAGACGAGGCUGAUGCUUCAGUUGUGGUUAAAAUAAGAUUUGUACUUAUUUUGACUGUGUACUAAUGUUUUCUGUAAUGGCAAUGGAAGUUGUUCUUCAGCCAACUUCUACUAUGUUGAGCUGAGGAAGCCCUCACUUGCAGUUAAAGUGGAAUAAUAAUAUACUUUUGAAAGCUCCUGCAGCUACUUUUUUCAUGCCUAGUAUUUUUCUGGCUUGCUCUAAAAAUAAUAUUGUCAUGAAACGAGCAUUAAAUUUUCAAGGAAUUAAAUUGCUGCUUAACAAAGCUACAUUACUUAGUAUCCAGCUACAGUGGAAAAAAAUGGAAUUUCACUUUGCUGUGAAUAGUUUCCUGAUUUAUAUGUGUUGUGGUUUAACCCCAGCCAGAAACUGAGCACCAUGCAGCUGCUCACUCACUGUGACCCUUCAACAGAAUGAGUGUGGGAAUCAGGAAAGCAAAGUGAGAAAACUCAUGGGUCAAGAUAAAGAGUUUAAUAGGUAAUGUAAAAGCUGUACAGCUAAGUGUGUUGGUUUUCAGUACAGAUUCAAACCAUUGCUCCAUGGUAGCUAUUAUGAAGAAAACUACCUCUAUCCCAGCCCAAACAAACCAACACAGUGGGAUAGGUGUAAUUAAUCUAUUUCUGUGUUUAGAAGUAAUUUCAAAACCGGAAUUGUUUAGAAACUCAGGUAAUGUCUUUCUAAUGUGAAGUACGAUUCUUUUUUCAAAUAUAUUUUUUAUUGCAGUGUAAAAUUCAGUCUUUAAUUUCCUUUUGGGAGGACUGUGGUAUUACACAAUUCUCAUCUUUCUCCUCUUCUACAGUUUAUCCUAUAUUGCAAAGGAAAGGGCAUAGCAUAUUUUUUUGUAUGUCUUUAGAUAGGUAUGUAUUUCCUUGAUGUUUGCUAAAGUGUGCAGUUGGAUUUCCGGUGGUAAAGCAGUGUCAGUAACAGCCAUAAGCUGCUGUAAUGGCUGGUAGGGGAAGGAGUGAGAGAAAACAAGCUGUAGUCUGUAAAUGGUGUCCUUUAUGAAGCAGAGGACAUAAAAAUGACCACAUGGAAUAUUGGCUUCUUUUCGUAACUACUUACUUGUACACUGUGAAAUGAUACAAUAUGUUGAUUGUUUUCUUUUUUCCUUGGUUGUGCGUAGUCAAAUUUUAGCGAGAUUUUUGUAAGAUAAUACGAAUUUCAUUCCACUGUUGUGCUGUUGUUAGCAAGCUUCUUAAUCUCCGGCUAAAACAUCUUUUCUAGAGUUCCAGCAAGGCAGACUUUUUUAACCCUGAUGAUGGCUGUUAAAGCUGUUGUGCUUGAGGUCAUUCUGUUAAAUUGAAUUUUCCAGUUUAUUGUAUUAGUUUAGCCUUUCUUGGAAGUUUUUUAGCCUUUAUUGGAAGUUUUUUGCUUAGUAUGGGGCUUGGCAUGGCCAAGCGGUGUGUGCUGCAUGUGUCCGUGGUAAAACUUCUGUAUAAAUGAGGCAAAAAUUGGUUAUCUGUGCCCAGUGGCUUGAGAAUUAUUUCUCCAAGCCUCAUUACUGUCUUGUCUACCCCAGUCCCAGGUAUGCAUGAGCAUAUGCACCAUGACUCACUAAUGCAAAUCAGUUUUUUACACUUGGUUUCUGCCGUGUUACCUUUUCUCAUGCAGAGCUACAUUGUCAGGUUGCUGCUGGCAAGCUGGAGACUCUUAUCAGAGUACUUGAAGUGCAAAGUUAGUUUGUACAUGGGCAUAUUGGCUUCCUGUUCUCCAGUGUAUGAAGUGUAUGUUGUGGAACAAAUACUGCCUUUCAAUAAAGACCUGCCCUACAAUACAAGAUACAGUAAAUAACAUGUGUGGAUCACUUUCUGAAUGUCUUUAAUAUUCCACAUGUAGAGUACAGCUUAAAGCAAAUAUAUAGCCCUGUUCAAUAGCUUAGCUUUUUUUUUUUAAUUUUUAAUUUAUUCACAGUGGAGAAUAAAUGAAGAGGUACACUUAUGAAAUAAAGAAGUUGAAAUUUAUUUAGUACUAGAAGACAGUGGCAGAGAAAACGAAUGUUACAGAAGUAUAUGAUGCUGACUCCAAGGGGAACACACCUGCUGUGCUAUAUUAGGUGGGUCCUGUGCUAUGUCUGUUCUAUAUUUCAUGUAGCAGAAUCCCUAGACAUAAAGUUAAUUUCCUAGGAAUAACAGGAAAAUAAUUCCUUAUUAUAACUUCAGUUAAAAAAAUCUGACAAGUUUGGCCUUUGCUGUAGGUGCAGGUGCUGUAAUGUCUCAGAGGUUGGGGGUAAUGAGCUGAGCAUUAGUCCAUCUAUUGAAAGAUCUUUGAAGGUAACGCCUUUGAUCCACAACAUUCAUGGUGAGAAAAGAGGCACUGCCUAAGUCUGCACAGCCAGAGCCAGGUGCUGGUUUGAUGUUGCCUGUGCUUCUGAGUGGGAACAAUCCCUCAAGUAAAGGCUGCAAUGAAAACAGCCUGGAAAGGAUUGUCCGCCUGCAGCCCAGGGAAGUUCAUGGGGAGCAUUUUCUUCCCUCCCUCUUUGCCAGCAGUGGGGAGCCACACUGGAGCAGUCUGUUGCUGAAGGAAGGGACCCACACUAGAGCAGUUUGUGAGGGACUCUACUGAGGAGGAAAGAGGGCAGGAACAAUGUGUGAAGAGCUGACCACAACACCCAUUCCUUAUUCCCCUGUGCUACUGCAGGGGAGGUGGAGAACUCGGGAGUCAAGUUGAACCUGGAAGAAGGCAGUGCUGGGGGAAUGUGUUUUAUUUUGCAUCAUUCUACUCUGAUUUGAUGGGUAAUAAAUUAAUUUCGCCAAACUGGGUCUGUUUUUCGCAUGAUGGUAAUUAGUGAAUGACCUCCCUGUGCUUGUCUCAACCCAGGAGCUUUUUGUUACAUUUUCUCUUCCCUGUCUAGCUAGAAAGGGGAGUGUUUGCAUAAUUUUGAUGGGCAUUUGGUGUCCAGCCAAGGUCAAACCCACUGCAUUUAAACCGAUAAAAUUUUGGAGAGAUCAAAAUUCUUUUUGGUUUUAUUUUUUUAUUUUCUGUAGAAUGGUGAUGUAAAAUUUUUAACAGUGUGGUAUUCUAAAGUAGUCCUGUAAGUUUGUUAAUUUUACUACUAGGAAUGGAUUUGAGACAGCUCAUAAAAAGACAACGGGAAAAACUGUCCGGGUAAGUCCUUCAGUACUUCACAGUUGCCUCUCAGUUAAUGUGUUAGUAUAGGUUGCACAGUUUGACAGUUAGUCAGCUAAAACAAAUUGUAUCUCACAGUGAGCAAAUACCUUGAGACAGAUUGUAGCACAAAUUUUCCAGAACAUUUUCCAAGAGUGAAUAGAUGGGAGAGAAUUGGGAAGUGGGAAAUCACUGACUUAAUUAGUUUUUGUCUUCUGUACUUAAUAUCUUUGUCUUUUCAAAUGCCUGCAAGACACUGUGGUGGUGGGUACCAAGCCUGUGAGAGUGUGCAGGUGAGCAGCUUUGCUUUGUGCUUAGGGAUGCCUGACUAAACUCAUUAUUAACUGCCAGCACUAAGAUGUCUCCAAACCAAAUGGCCAUUAACAGGAAUUAUCAUUGCUUAAGGUAUAUGAACUUGAAACAGUCGUUACAGUACAUUUGAAACAAAACACUGCCUAUCUGUUUCUUGCAUUGUAGGAAAGGGCCUAGUAAUAACACUCAACAUUAAAAAAACCAAACCCCAAGAAAGCAGCCAAACACAAAAACAACAACCCUACGCUCCAGAAGGCCCAAGCUCCUGUGUUGUUUUCACUCUCAGACUGAUUCCAGGCAGAAGGUUGUAGUUUUGCCUUGUUGUUAGAGCCACACAACAAACUAGAGGGCAGGCUUUGCUACCUGAUCACUCUGAUGGGCUAGGGGAACGUGUGGUGCUCACUGAGAAAUUAUGUUCUCACUUAGUGCAUUGGUGAACAGUAAAAUUUUUGAUACCACUGCAAUUUUGGUGGGUUUUAGCCUGCUGUGUCUACUGUAGUUAAAUAAAUUGUGCUUAGGCUUCUGUCUGCCCUCACAGCUAGACAGGGUGUACGGAGAGCAUCAGGCAGGGAUGUGGUUGGUACUAGUUCAAGUGAGUAAGUACUAGUUCGAGUAAGUAAGAGAUGGGAAAGCGAAAGGUCCUUAAAUAAUCAACUGAGCCACACAUGUAUUACAAAAUACUGUAUUUUGGGUAUGACAAAUGUAGGUAGGGUGCAGCCCAUGGGGCAAGAGGAGAAGGGUCCAGUGAAGCAAAGGACUUACUUGGGGAGAUGGGGUGAGGGCUGGAGUGUGCUAGCAUGGCUUGAUGUAUGAUGGCAAAGGUACCCUAUGUUUUGUUUGGAAGUAUUUUUUCCACUGUUUUUCAAGGGAUUAUGCAGAACCAUUGGUCUGAAAUACUGAAUCUAAAUAGUACAAAAUAGUAAGUUAAUUCCAUUUUAAACUUCCAACUAAAAUUAUUCAUAGGUUGACAGCUUUGCUGUAUGAGGUCUGGGACACAUUUAUUAACUUUGUUUUGUACAAACCAGCAUUGUUACAGGCUCUGAGUCAUCUCAUAAGACAUGGUUAAGCCCUUGGAGUAUAAAUAUUUCUUUAAAAAUACCAAUGAGCAACUGCCACUAAUGUUUCAUUAGCUCAAAUCAAUUGUCAGUUUAAAAGUAAUACAGAAGCUGUUUGAAGGUGGCAGAGAGAAGAGCUGCUUGUGUCCCUGCAAGAGGAGGCCCUCAGAUGCUUGAAUGGGACUUGCAAGAAGAAAUUGCUGGGUGAUUCAGGGCCCCCACAGUCAUUCUCUUAUCUGAAGAUACACCAGUGUCUGAAUUUCUGAGCUAUUGGCAUAGAGCUUGAGUCUCUUUGUUAGGAGAAGCACAGUGUUGUGUCACAACGCUGAGCUGUAGUUGUAAGAGAAAAUGGAGGUAACCUUUUGGGACUUGAGCUCCGCUUGAAUCUAAGGCAGUAAGAAAACGGGUGGAGGAAAUGCAAGUGGAUUCCUGAGAAAACUGCCUUUUUAGGUGCUGGUCUCCCAGUUCUGGAACCA